AUGGAGCACAGAAACCACACCAGUGCCUCGGAGUGCCUCCUCCUGGGGAUCUCCAGCCGGCCAGAGCAGGAGGAGCUGAUCUUCGGGUUCUUCCUGGCCAUGUACCUGGUUGGCAAGGCAGGAAACCUGCUCAUCAUCCUGGCCAUUGGCUCAGCCUCCCAUCUCCACACCCCCAUGUACUUCUUCGUCAGCCAGCUCUCCCUAGUGGAUUUCUGCUUCGUCUCUGCCACGAUCCCCACGAUGCUCGAGAACAUCCAGACGCAGACUCAGGUCAUCUCCUAUGGCACCUGCCUGGGCCAGAUCUACAUCUGCAUCCGGCUCGCCAACAUGGACAACUUCCUUCUGACAGCAAUGGCCUAUGAUCGCUACCUGGCCAUCUGCCACCCGCUGCACUACUCCUCCAAGAUGAGCCUGCGCGGCUGCGCCCUGAUGCUGGGCAGCUCAUGGGCCAUCGCCAGCCUCCAUGCCCUGCUGCACACCCUUCUCAUGGCCCAGCUGGACUUCUGCGCCAGCAAUAUCAUCCCCUACUGCUUCUGUGACCUCAUUCUCCUGCUCCAGCUCUCCUGUUCCGACACCCGACUCGACCAGUUCAUGAUCAUGCUGGUGGGGGGCCUGAUUGUCCUCCUGCCCUUCCUUGGCAUUCUAGGCUCCUACACAUGCAUUGCAGUCACGGUGCUGAGGGUCCACUACACCCGGGACAAGCAGAAGGCCUCUUCUACCUGUGGCUCCCACCUGACCAUGGUCAUCCUCUUCUAUGACACCAUCUCAGGGGUCCACCUGAGGCCCUCAUCCUCCCAUUCCACAGACAAGGACUCACUAGCCUCAGUGAUGUACACGGUGGUGACCCCCAUGCUGAAUCCCUUCAUCUACUGCCUGAGGAACAAGGACACGCAGGGUGCUCUAGGGAAACUGUUCAGCCCGAAGGCUUUGUCCCACAGGCUGUGA